AUGGCCGGCCUCAGCCCCCAAAUAACGAACCUGAUCAUUAUUCUCGGAAUGAUGCAGGUCGCCAAGAAGAUUCCCUUUGACGAUCCGCAAGUGCUCAACCUCUGCCGCGCGGUCUACAUUGCCAGCAACCUCAUCAUUCUGAGCAUCUACCUCUACAUCAAGACCGUGAUCGACAAGAAGAAGGACAUGACCACGCUCAAGUACGUCGAGCCGGCACCCAUGGGCUCGAGCGAGGAGGGCAAGCUGGUCACGACGACGGUGCACGCCUACGACGUCGGCCAGCUCAAGAACCUCAUGCGCUCGCAGGGCAUGGGCGUGCUCAUGAUGGGCGUCAUGCACCUCUACUUCAAGUACACCAACCCGCUGCUCAUCCAGAGCAUCAUCCCGCUCAAGAGCGCCCUCGAGUCGAAUCUGGCCAAGAUCCACCUCUGGGCUCAGCCCGCCGUCGGUGACCUCAAGAGGCCGUUCAAGCAGGCCGCCGGCUUCAUGAGCGGGCUCCAGAGCGGUCCCGCCCAGGCCGACAAGAAGGCGGUCGAGGCGGCUGAGCGGGCUGGUCGUGGCGGUGUCAAGGAGGAGUAG